UGCAACAAGUCUGGAAACUGCAGGAUCUAGAGCUCUACUCACGAACUGCACCGAAGGUGCGCCAGUGCUGCUCUCUACAUGAAAAUCAUCCAGAGCAAAUUUUCACUUGCGGCUUCGUGGCCGAGAUUUCCGCUGAAAUUAAAUUAUGACCAGAUCAAAAUUACAGUUGUGAAUACUACUAGGAAUGGGGGCAGAAAUCAAGCAUAGCUGUGCGGGCGCCGAACAAGCUGUUAAGGAAAUAUUAGAGUAUUUAAAGUGAGGAUAAUCACCUCCUUCAACUAAAGUUCAUCUCACAUUUUCACAUCAUUUAAAUUGGAAUGAAAUUCCAAAGCAACUGCGCCAAUGCAUUUCAUCUUGUCCUCCGUAUUUGCGCUCCUCAACUUCAGCAAUCUUGCUUCCGCAAGGGCAGUCUUUGCUCAUUUCAUGGUGAGUUUGUGGUCCUUCAGGUGUGAGAGUAACUCUAACAACAUUCCACUAGGUCGAUAAUACCGGAGAGUUUACCCAGCAAAAAUGGUUAAUCGAGAUGCAACUGGCCAUCACGGCCAAUAUAGAUGCCUUCGCACUCAAUAUUGCAUCUGGAAGACUUUUUAACGACGAGCAAAUUUCCAAUGCGUUUGCCGCCGCCUCUUCCGCUGAUUUCAAACUUUUUUUCUCUUUCGACUACGCUAGUGAAGGUGCAUGGGAUAAAGCAGUCGUUACAGCACUGCUCCAGCAAUACACUUCCAAUGCUGCUUACUUCCACACAACCGACACGUCACAGCCUCUAGUUUCGACUUUUGAAGGGCCUGCAUCGGCUGCCGAUUGGAUUGAAAUCAAGGCAUCAACGGGUUGCUUCUUUAUCCCCGAUUGGUCAUCCCUCGGCGCCAACGCGGCUCUUGAACUAGAGGGUGGUGUUGCAGAUGGAUUGUUCAAUUGGGCAGCCUGGUCUCAGAACGGUGAAAGGAUGAAUACUUACAUAGAUGCGUCAUAUCUACAAUAUCUCGGUAAUAAUCAAUCCCCCCAAUUAAGUUGACUUAGUUGCUGAUAUAUCAUUUCUCGUAAGGGAAAAAGCCGUACAUGAUGCCAGCAUCUCCGUGGUUCUACACAAACCUCCCAGGGUUCGACAAAAAUUGGGUAUGGCCAGAUAUCUCUAUGAGCUUGUGGAGUGACCGCUGGACCGAAAUUCUAUUGCAAAAGCCGGAUUAUGUUGAGAUCAUCAGUUGGAACGAUUACGGCGAGGUAUUUAGCUUGCCACAUUCAUGUGUUGCGGUAAUCUCUUGAAAGGCUGCUAAUAACACCUGUAUAGUCACAUUACAUUAGUCAGUCUAGCCCGUCUCCUCCUUUCUUGGAUGGGGACGACACAUUCGACUAUGUAACUGGCAUAGAUCAUGAUGCUUGGACUUACCCACUAGCAAUAUGGGCAGAGCAAUACAAAACUGGAAAGGCCACUGUAACAGAGGAGAGUCUUAUACUUGAGUAUAGUCAGUAGCGGCCAAUAUUUUUUCAGACAUCUGCUAAUUAUAAUGUGGACAGUGCUUCACUCUCCUAAUGACUGCAAUGACGGCAAUACCACAGUAAACACAGCUAGUCAGUAUCAAAUUGAGUCACUUCCCGCAGACAUAAUGACGUACAAGUAUAUUGGUUUUACCGCCACGCUUGGCUCUAUGGCCAAUGUGACGAUUCAUGUAGGCGACCAGGUCUCAGCUGCAAGCUGGCAAACGGUCCCGGCUGGCGAUGUUGGUGUUUAUCACGGAUCUUUGUUGGUAACAGGCACCGGAACAGUUUCGGCCGACUUGGUUCGGGAUGGAGUUACCAUUCUUACCAUCACGGGAGAGUCCAUUGGUGGUUGCGGUGAGGACGGGUACGCUAAUUUCAAUCCUUGGGUCGGCGGCGAUUUUGUCCCAGGGAAGAUAUCUGUCGAAACCCCUUAUGAACUUUCGGAUCUUGUUUGUGUAGAAGGGUCAGGUGCCCCAGGCUUUGCAGAAAUGUGUAGUGUUGUUUGUGAAUACGGAUACUGUCCUAUUGGUGGUAAGUCAGCCACCAACAUCAUUGGCCUCUCUUGCACCUACAAUUACUAAUCUGAACAGCAUGUUAUUGCACGGCUAUAGGAUUGCAAAAAGAUUACCCUGUCUACACAGGAGACACCGGAUUUGCUACUAGCGACCCUGAUUACAAUGGUCUGUGCGCAUGGACGGUAAGCACUUUUAUUUCCUAACCUUGUUUCGAUCUAUGGCACGACUUGAAUGAACCUUUUCUCUGCUUUACAUAUCCCGUCACAUGUGGUAAUGAUGCUUAUUAAUUCUGGGACUUGUGCAGUAUCAAUAUGGAUUUACAUUCCCUAACCACUGCUCUACCACCAAGCAAGUAACCUCUGUACCGACUUCUUCGCCCUUUUUACCCAAGGCGUGCACGGCAGGAGAACGGGCCGUGGCACUGGAUGGAUUAGACGAGCUCUGCGCUUUUACCUGCAGCCUUGGAUACUGUCCUAUUCAUCUCUGCUCAUGCACGUCUGAGGGAGCCUUAGUCUCAGCAGAUGACAUCGACGCCCCUGAUAUUGUGACAUUCACAUCUAAUCCGGAUGACCGCGAUCAAAGUGCCCUCUGUGAUUGGGCUUGUGGUACCGGAGGAUAUUGUCCCUGCGAAAUCGGUACUGGUACUCUGCCCUGCGAUCUUAGCCUCAAUUUCACAAGUAUGAGUGCAUUAUCUGACGCAUCUGGCAACUAUUCCACAUAUUGCAACUCGAUAUAUCUGCUAGAUGUCCUAUACAGCAAUGUUACAGCUGAGCUGGCCGAAUACAACCAAGAAAACGCAGGCUACGACGGCCUUUUUGGAUAUUACCAGACCUACAUCAAAGAUGAGAUCCCAUCGAUACUGAUAUCCUUUAUGGGCUGGAACAUAAGCCAGGAAUUUAGUGCAACGGCGCCGGGUACCAAGUAUUUUGACUGCACAUAUUAUGAUGUUCAUACAAAGAAAAAUCUCACAACUCAGCCAUGUCCAGGGCCACGAGGUGGUGAUAAUUUCGAGAUAUACUGGACACUCAUCAAUUCAACAGGGUUCUACGCAGAUUUGCAAAUAAACUACGGCAUAGAAGCAGAUUGGGUCACCUUGACCGAUGUGGACCAGUCAAGCUGUGUUAGUGAUGACCCACUGACCGUCCCAUGCAUACCACAUCACGAAAUAUGGCACGGCUACCCACAGAUGGCCUCCCAUGUUAACGUAUCAAAUCCCAAAGAUCUAUUUACUGAUGCGGGACCCGCGAUGGCCGCACUACCAUUACAAAUUGCAGCCACUAGACUUGAUGUGAUACUAGGACAAUGGAAUGGCUCCACAUCAGACGCCGUUCAAUCCUUUGCCAUGCCUGUAGCCUUGGUCUCGCAAGCCAUUCAAUCGAUGGCUGAGGUCAAAGUAUUGGGUAAAACUGAAAAAGAGGAGGAAAAGAAGCGGCUAAUCUCGCUUGUUCUGACCGCCGUGCUAGGCGUUGUCCCUUUUGUUGGAGAGGUCGGUGCCACACUCGCUGGACUCGCCGCUAUUGCACGAACUAUUGCCAUAGCUGGUGAAGUGGCAAACACGGCUUUCACUAUCUAUACCAUAGUGGAAGACCCUUCUAGCGGACCAAUGUCGGCCCUGGGUCUGUUAUUUGGUCUUGGCGGAGUGGCAGCGGCAUCGAGGGAUGCUGAAGGCUUGAGCAAAGUCGCUGCGUUGCGGAGAGAGAUGAAGGGCGAAGAUGUUGCCUCCAUGGGUGUUACGGUUGAAGAUCAAGCGGUCCUGGUUCAAAAGAUUAUGAAGGAUUGUACUCUAUAGGUUUGAAAGAAAGGUAUGAUGACAGAAUCGAGCUUUCGUAUUCAUGUCAUCUUGAAAUAACUUCGUUCACGAGUCGAUGAAAUAGACCGUUUGUAUUUUCAUCUCCUUGUAUUUUAUUGUUAUA